AUGGCUCCAUGGGCUAUACCUCCUUGUCCGUACCCUUCUAAUUCAUGGACCAGGCCCAUCAUGGGACAGCAGCAGCGUCAGCAGCCUUGUCAGCAGCCUGAUGUACUUGGGCCCAGGCCUCCGCAAGCCUACACCGCAGCACCACCUUCAACCGAUAUAGUGGCCGCAAUGCAUACUCUCGGCAUCCAUCCUCCAUAUGAAAAUUGGUACAUGGACACUGGUGCCACUUCUCACAUGACAUCCGCACAAGGUACCCUCUCGUCUUAUGUUAAUACGAGCAACACACAUGGUUUAAUUGUUUGUAAUGGUCAUUCAAUUCCAAUUCAUGGUUAUGGUCACACCAAAUUAUCUUCCCCAUAUCCUCCCUUAUCCUUAAACAAUGUCCUUCAUGCUCCUCAACUUGUUAAAAACCUGGUGUCAGUUAGAAAGUUUACCACUGAUAACUUUGUUUUUGUUGAAUUUGAUCCGUUUGGAUUUUCUGUGAAGGAUUUUCUGACGGGGAGGCCAGUAAUGACGUGUGAGAGUCAGGGCGAGCUUUAUCCCAUCACCAACCCUACGCUUUCAUCUACAUUUGCUGUUGUUGCACCAUCUCUUUGGCAUGAUCGUUUGGGUCACCCGGGAACACCUAUUUUGAACUCCCUCAGGAAGAAUAAAUUGAUUAAUUGUACUCCCAUUAAGAAUUUUUGUAUUUUCCAUUCAUGUCCUCUUGGAAAACAUGUUAAGUUGUCAUUUUAUGCUUCAAAUUCUUGUACUGUUAUGGCUUUUGAUAUUAUCCAUAGUGACCUUUGGACGUCACCUGUUUUGAGUUCCUCGGGUCAUCGAUAUUAA